GCUGCCUCGAGUCUCAACAACCAUGGCGCGUCGACUCUCGGACCCGUAUUUGACGCAGCGCUCCGAAGAUGACUUCUUCUCCAGCACCGUCAAGUACGACUGGUGCGGCGAGGCCCUGGAGCUCGAGCGCGCGCUCCCAUCAUCGACCGGCGUUCUCCACCUGAUUUGGACGAGUGGCCGCCUCGGCCUCACCUUUGGCACGGACGCGUACACCGGGGCAGUCGUCGUCAAACGCGUGGCGCCCGACGGCUUUGCAGCGCAGUCGAGUGUGUACCCCGGGUGCCGCCUCGAGUCGGUCAACGGCGUCGACGUGACGGCUGCCAACUAUGACGAGACCAUGCUGCUGCUCGCGACGGGCACCGACACGGGCAAGCCGCAGCGCCUCUUCUUCAGCCCCCGCCCGGCGCCGCUCUUCAUGCGCAGCGUGUCGCUCACGAGCCCGUUGGCGCUCGCCGGUGUCUCGACCAACCAUGUGCUGGCCGCCAUCAACGGCAUCGACACCACCCACAUGAGCAUGGACGACGCCCACUUCGUCCUGCGCGAAUCCGAAAAGCCGUGCGCGCUGUCCUUUAUCUACGUCGACCGGCCGGUGGCCCGAUACCGCGCACGCUCGAGCGCGUCGUCGACCGAAUUCUCGACCACGUCGUCGCUGACCGCUGCUCUCCUCGCAGGCCUCGCGACCCUCUAAAAUAUGUUGACGUAACCCAAGACAAGUUGUCUAUUUUAAAUACCCGGU